UUCUCUUCAGUAGUAAUUAUGAAAUUAUCUUGUUGAGUCACUUCGAUAUCUAUCAAAAGCCUUCAAAAAACUGAGAUAAUAGUAUUAAUUAUCAUCGGCUGUGAUCUAUUGGCAAUGAGCUUGCAGUUGUUGUUCUAUCGUUGUUGCUUUAAUGGGUAGUCGUUUUCGUUUUUUGCUGUUUCCAGCAUUCUUUUACAAACGGAAUUAUCUUCAAGUGUUGCAAAUGCCUGACAAGAAAGCGCUCACACACAACUCUGCGAUGCAAGAUAAAUACGUGAAUAUCGCUGAAAUUCCCACGCGGAUCCUCACAUUGGGCAAAUGGAUCGAAGAACCUUUCGACGCUGCAAAGGAAAAGGAAAUCGUGCUCGUAAUAACGGGAAAUCCAGGCGUUCCGGGAUUUUACACGGCUUUCAUUACGACGCUGUACCAACAAUUGGGUCGAAAAUUGCCCGUUUGGAUAAUCGGGCAUGCGGGUCACGAAGAACCCGACGGAAAAUUGCGCGAAAAAGUCCCUCAGCUGUCGGGAAAUGAGCAUCGUUACGACUUGGCGGGACAACUUGCGCACAAAAUUGACUUUUUCAAGCAAUUCGUGCCGGAACACGUCAAAAUUCACCUCAUCGGGCACUCAGUUGGCGCCUGGACCAUCUUGCAGUUGCUCAAACGCGAAGAAAUCCGCAAACAAGUGCAUCAUUGUUAUCUCUUGUUUCCGACAAUCGAACGAAUGAAAAUUUCGCCUGCCGGUAAAAUCUUCACGGAACGCAUCGAACGAGCGCGAUUUUAUUCGAAAAUUUUCUAUCUCAUCGGAUUCUUGCCAUACGCCGUGCGACGAUACAUCAUCAAUCAUUACAUCCAAAAGUGGAAUUUGCCGGAUGCGUAUCUCGAUGCGGCUCUCAAAGUCGCCAACGAACGUGUUCUUGCUCGAAUUUUGCACAUGGGACAGGAUCAAGUCGAUAAUGUGUACGACUUGGAGGUCGAUUGGAUCAAAAAGAACAAAGAAAUCCUCAAAUUUUAUUAUGGGACGACAGAUCAUUGGUGUCCAACGUCAUAUUAUUACGAUUUGUUGGAGAAAAUCCCCGAAAUUGACGCACAAUUGGAUGAACUUGGCAUGGCUCAUGCCUUUAAUGUCAGAAAAGGACCUGAAAUGGCAGCUAUUUGUGCAGAAUGGAUCAAAAAUAACGGAGUUAAAGGAGAAGAAACAGAUUUAAAGGAUAUUUUAAUGGUUACGGAACAAAAUUGAAUUAGUAAUUGUAGCUUUUUACGUGUUAAGCAAUAAAAGUAUUGACAAUGUUAGAUUUUUAAAAGGGAUUUUUGCUUUGCCGGCGAUGUGAAAUUUACUGUAAUGUAGAAAAUUUUAAGAGAAAAAAAUUUAAAAAUUAAAAUAAAAUUGA